AUUCAUUUCAUAUAAUUUUGUAGAUAUCCGGGAAGAUUUCUGACGGAAACUAGACUAAUUCUUGUCCAAUGUCAGAAGCCGGCGAUCGACUAGGAACGGCUUUCGUUGGGGUGAGCUUGUGGAUAGCUAUAACUUUUGUAUAGAAACCCUACCGCGUUGUGGAUGGGGAGACAUUAAGCUUGAAUAAGGUGAUGAUGAUGUGGAGCCGAUAUGGAGACAUUACCCCAUUCAAUCCCUUGCUUUCGGGGUUCUGAUCAUAAGUGGGAACCAAUCAAGGUGCUUUCAAAUGAGAGGUGAUGCGUCAGACAUAUGGAUGCUGUGUGGGGGGAUUUCAUGGAUUAGAUGGCGAUGCCGAGAACUGGCUGAUCCAUAAACCAGACACGACACGUCCGCGUCGAUGAUCAUUCUCCGUGGCAUGCUCUCAUUCCACAACGUUUUCAGCAUCUAAAUGUUGCCUCUUCUUCUGUUUCUCUCUGCCUUUGGCGCGGCUACAGUCACUAUCCAUGACCCCGGUGACUUUGCUGAUCUUGUCGCUGGUGCAGCCGAUGAUGCUCUUACAGCGGACUGGGACUAUACCCCAACCACCUACCAGGUUGAUGCUAUCACCGGGGCAUAUGAAUACUCCAGUACAACGGAGAACCUCUCCCAUGAGAUCAUAGCAGUCUCCGCCAACGACACCAGCGUCCUUGUCAUCACGGAAAGCUCCGAAGUGAAUGUCUCCUAUUCAACCAUCAUCAAGCACGGAUACUCGAGCGAUCUGUAUCAGGCCAGCUUCUUCGGUUCGAAUGCUGCCAUCAACGUUGCCAAUGAGUCUGUAGCGUACUUUGACCAUGUCAACGUGACGGUUCACAAUGGAGCAGCCAAAGUCUACUCCUACGGCAACAACACAUAUGUGUCCAUCUCAGACUCGACCCUGUACAGCUCCGGCCCUGUUUCGCACGGCCUAUAUGCGGCCGGCUAUGGCACUGUCGUCGGCAGGAAUCUGGAACAUUACUCUGGCGCCUACCGAUCUUCCUCUUUUGCGGGUGACAGUCCCCGGGGCUAUGUGUAUGUGUACGACUCGGUCGCCCAUACAGCCGGCAUCGGCAGUGCCAUUAUCUAUGGCCAAGGCACGGUCUAUGCCGAGAACAUCAUUGGGUAUGCAGAGAAAGCCCCCAUUGCGUUCUUGGACACGGCCCAGAUUGACAUUCACGAUUCCGAUCUCACCGCGGGCCUGCUGGCGGGUGCAGUUAUUUUCUCGUCUGGGACCCGAGGAUCAGGGUCCGAGAUCAACUUUACCAACACUCGUUUGACGGUCCUCCCCGACACCGCGGCAGCGCUCUGGUUCGGCAAUGUCAUCGCCAGCUCCCACAUUGCGAGCACCACCAUCAACACCACGUCCGGGAUCCUGGUCAUUGCCAAUCACUCGCAGGUCACGCAGGACUUUAGCUAUUUUGCGGAUUCCACGGCUGCUGCGGAGGCUACCAUCACGGUAUCUGAGUCAGAUAUGACCGGGGACCUCGUGGCGUACAAUGGCAGUAGUAUCAGCUGGUCGUUGACGGAGUACUCCUCGUUGACAGGAACCGCGUACUCUGGCUAUGGCACGUCGUUCUUUGCCGUGUCGCUGGAUGCGACUUCCACGUGGAUCUUGACAAACGACACCGUGGUCAAUAACUUGAUGGACUCGGACACGACGCUGAGCAAUGUGAAUAGUGCGGGAUACCCGUUGUACUAUGAUUCCAGCGCGUCGUCAAAUGGAUGGCUGAACGGGACGACCAAGAAGAUCACUGGCGGGGGGUACGUAAAGCCAGCGACGAAAGCGUAACUGACAUGAUGCAUGGCACAUCAGCGCUCUUGGGAUAAGAAUCAUCUUCGGGCUUCUUUCACACAUCUUGUGCCUGAUAUGGUGGAGACGCGUAGGGUGACAAUCGCGAUGCAUGGUGUUUGAUGAUCGGGCAGGCUGGACAAACAGCUUGGGAUGGGUUGGUGAUAGUAAUGCCAUUGCCUAUUCUGCUGAGAGCAAAUUCACAGACUUUGUAUCCCCAAAGAAACCUUUUCUCUUGUUGUUGGGCUCAAAGGGAA